GCUCUUGAACUUGACAAGACCCGGACCUUGAAUCGUACUCGGGACCACCAGACUCCGUGGCCUUCAGAUGUACUUCUCCCAAGUCAACCUGCACCCCAACCAGAGAACCACAACUUUGGACAAGUGGCCCAUUCAGAAACUGCUUUGUACAGGAGUCAGAAUCGCAGUCAAUUCAAUCACGGGGAUCGAAGCACCUCGCGCUACGAGGCGGAUGAUCCUCCCUCAACGCCGCGGGCGAAUUUCAACCGCAGAAAUGUAUCAGACAACUUCCACUACCCAUCUCCAACUCAUUCGGCAUCUGGCAUGCUCUACAGAUGGGAUGGCCGCAUGGAUAGCACAGCUCUAACGCCACGCUCUCACAAGCCGUACAGCAGAACUCAUCAGCAGACUGCUCAUCGUCAACAAGCUACGGGCUACCAACCAAGCAAUGAUAGACAGCAUGCCGCCAGGCCCCCUAUGAGCUAUCCUCAGCCGCCUCCUCACCCACAUGCGGCAACAAUGUGCGGGCCUCCUCCAGCAUAUCUAACAGGCCCUGAGCCCUUACAACUCCCCCCGACACCAUCACAUUCUCAGCGGAACUACCCGAGAGCUGCAAGCCACCUGAACAUUGGCGCGCUACCUUUCCAGCCGACUUCGGGGCAUGCCGUUGGGCAAAAUGAAGCAACCGCUCAAAAGCGACCAGCAGAGCGCGUCGCAGCCGCAAAAGGGGAUAGCAUGAUGGUUCAUACAGACCCGCAAUCAACCGAGAAGGAAGCCUGCAAGAAAAGGUACAAGAGGCAGACACGUUCUUCGACAGUCAGCCAGCGCUCUUCGAAUACCUGCGAUGGCCUCCAAACAAGGGAGCCAGCGAUCGAUGCCCUGAGUGGUGCGUUUUCUAGUUCAAAGCCCCGGGUUGCGUUGCCUGCAUUGCACACUGGGCCUACAACCCAGCCGGGGGCCGAAGCCCCUGUCGAUGCACCGAAUCGCCAGUAUGAGCCCUCUCGAAGCCUUCAGGAAGAGAGGACCAGUCAACCUUUCAGCGAGGCUACCGUUGCCACAAAUCACAACCACGAAGCUGAGCAAGCUGCCACGAUAGACAUGGGCCACCCCCCAGUGAAGGCACAGUCUGACGGAGAGCAUGCCGAUAACCCUACCAGUACCAGCCGCGCUGACCACGAUCACAAGAUGGCGGUUAUUGAUUCACGUUCCACAACUAUUCAGUUUGGCGACGUGGGUGUUACAAAGAUUCGUCCGUCUGCACAGAGGACGGGCGAAGGCCAGGCUCACCGUGACGCAACUGGAGGGCCCAGAGACCAUGGGCAAGAGUUAUCACGACCAAAAUCCAGCAUGAAGCCGGCUUCACCAGUCAAUGUUGCCGCCGAGACCGUGACAUCGCCCAACCAGCCUAUGCCAGUAAUAUUGCGGCAGCCCGUUGAAAGCCAGCCCAACGUCUCUACGGCCGCUGAUCAUUCGGACGGCUUUUGCCCAAGCCUCGUCGGCAUCCUGGACCGAUCUGGAAAGGUCAUUGAUAAGCAGCAGCUCGAGCCGCUGAAAAAAGACAAGCUGUCCUCGGAAGUUGAGGAACGGGGCGAGUACAGCUCCUUUACGAUAAGAAAGCGACCGCAGCCACGGAAAGGGGUGGUGUCAACCUUGCUGGAACAGGAGCAAGGUAAGCAAGGCAAGAAGAAGAACAACAGUACGAAUCAUUUGGCACCACAGACGUCUCGCAAAGAGCAUGCCGGCGAGAGUCAAUUCAGAGUUGAAGCUGGACAGCCGAAAAGUUCACAGCAAAGCCUGCCAAAGGACGACAAGGAGGGAGUCAAGACUCUGAACGUACGCCAAGAGCGGGGGUCUACACGUUUUGGAAACGCUGACACUCGGAUAACAACCAAAGAGCUUGGGUCGCUCAAGCACCGCCGCGAGCCGCAAGCUAUCGAUCGUGUGUCGAGUAACAUCUAUGCAGCCUUGUCCUCAGGCGCAGGUUCGCAGGGUCCCCACGCCAACAGUACUGAAGGGCCAGAUGUUGGGCUAAGGUCGUCGCCGGUCCUCAUGAACCAAGAUGUAUCUAACAAUACGGAUAGCGGCACAGGUCGGGUGCUUCAACCAGAGCUUAAGCCGGCUGCCGAGACGGACCAAGAGUCGCUGUCUGCUACUGCACCCCAGGAGGCGACGACUUUGGAGUUGAGCUCUAAACAACCUGUGAAGAAAAACAACAAAAAGAAGAGAAAGAAGAAACCGCAGCAAGCAGACCGAAAACAGGAGAAGGACAACGAAGCUUCAGACGAGAAGGUUCUUCAAGAGGCGUACGAAUUGGCCCAGAGGGAAAAGAAAGCGCUGCAAGCCUGCGAUCAAGAAGAAGCGCAGAACAUGGAGGCAGCAAAGAAAGCAGAAGCCCGUGCUCAGGAAGCAGCGAAGAAGAAGGAAAACGACAAAUGGGGGGCGUCGCAGCAUCUGGAAGAAAGCAAAGCAGCUGCUUCGGAGUCUGAUGGGCGCUCGGAGGCGGAGACCGAUGAAGGCGACGGUAUACCGUGUGACAUUGAUGAUUGGAGGCUUCUGCUGCGGCCUCAUACCGUGGACCACUCUCCCAGCCCAUGGAUCACUCCCUUUGGGGUCAACGGGUCGGGUGCUAUCACACAGGACAUCGGCGAAGACGAUGAAUGGGAUCCCGGAAACGAUGGGGAGGAUGCCAUUGGGAUCAAUGAGCCAUGGCCACCUCACUCACCGUCUCGGAAUCGGCCAAUCGAUUGUUCAGCGUCGACUGCGUCGACUAUCACGCUAGGGCGUAAUGGCGCGCACGGAGUAGACGAGCUAGACAUUAGUGACGCCAAAUGACUUAAUCAAGCAGGAGAAUUGGAUUGUGUCGAUUGUACGAGUAGAUAGCUGCCUCAACAAGUAGCAAGAUACAAGCAACAGCCUUGGAAAUGUUUGAGUACCUGGCCGCACUGCGCUCAAGAUAACCUUCUCAUGACCCGACUGCACCUGUUCAAACUGUGGGAUAUCUUUGCAAUGCGCAAGAAAUGCGAUAAGCUUCGCAUCACCGUGUCCGAUGCACAGUAUUGUUGC